GAUACGCCUAUACAAUACAGUGAUAAGCUGCACUGCUAUAGUGCUGUUUAGCAUAUUACUUAUAGGACAGAUUUGCAGUGGUUACACUGUUUGCAACGGCACAACCAAAUAUGAGUGUUUGUAGUGUGUUAUAAGGGAAGCGCUGGGACGCUCUUGAACAGUGCUGGUCCACUUCUUAGAAAUCCCCAAAACCCGCGCUAUAGAAUGGUGAUGGUCUUUAAGGAGAAGUGAUUACCUUGACUAAUAUGACUGCACAGAAGCGGGCACCAGGCUCCUGUUAAAAGCUGCUCAUUGCCCCACUGAUAAUUCUUCAGAAAAGAGGAGCCGGACUGGGAAGAAAGGGGAAGUGGCCGGGAGAGGAAGCUGCCGGGGGAGGGGUCGCCGAUAGGGAGCGGGGGAGCGCACGUCUCCUCAUCCACUCCGCCGCUAGACUCACAGCUGGCGAGACUGCCCGACAGAGUCGCACCGGUGGCCGCGGACACUGCGGGAAAAACAGUCGGAAUGGAUUACUAGUGGUCGGUGUCUGCUUCUUUCCGCGUGUGACAUCGUCCUCAAUGUCUCUCAACAUUUUUUAACAAAACGAAAGAUGAAAAUUACUUGGAAACAGCUUCCCUUGGUAUUUUCCGUUUUUUGGGGGGUAACUAUGGGCGCCUUUCCGAGCAGCGUUCAGAUCGGCGGGCUUUUCAUCAGAAACACGGACCAGGAAUACACCGCAUUUCGCCUAGCCAUAUUCCUGCACAACACCAGCCCAAAUGCGUCGGAAGCACCUUUUAAUCUGGUUCCUCAUGUGGACAACAUCGAGACUGCCAACAGCUUCGCUGUGACCAAUGCCUUCUGCUCGCAGUACUCCCGGGGCGUCUUCGCCAUCUUCGGCCUGUAUGAUAAGCGCUCCGUACACACGCUCACCUCUUUCUGCAGCGCCCUGCACAUCUCACUGAUCACACCCAGCUUCCCCACCGAGGGCGAGAGCCAGUUUGCUCUACAGUUACGACCGUCCAUCCGGGGGGCGCUGCUGAGCCUGCUAGACCACUAUGACUGGAACCGCUUCGUCUUCCUCUACGACACUGACAGAGGAUACGCCAUUUUGCAGGCAAUCAUGGAAAAGGCAGGCCAGAACAACUGGCAGGUUAGCGCAAUCUGCGUAGAGAGCUUCAACGAUGCCAGCUACCGGCGCCUCCUCGAAGACCUCGACCGCCGCCAGGAGAAGAAGUUUGUCAUUGACCUGGAGCCCGAGAGACUGCAGAAUCUUUUAGAACAGAUUGUCAGUGUUGGAAAGCACGUGAAAGGCUACCAUUACAUCAUGGCAAACCUGGGCUUCAAGGACAUCUCCCUGGAGCGAUUUAUGCAUGGUGGGGCCAAUGUAACAGGUUUCCAGCUGGUUGACUUCAGUACACCCAUGGUACUUAAGCUUAUGCAGCGCUGGAACAAGCUAGACCAGAGAGAAUACCCCGGAUCCGACACUCCGCCAAAGUACACUUCAGCACUGGCUUAUGAUGGUGUGAUGGUGAUGGCGGAGGCCUUCCGGAGCCUGCGGCGGCAGAAGGUGGAUCUUUCACGCAGGGGCAAUGCGGGUGAUUGUCUGGCCAACCCAGCAGCGCCGUGGAAUCAGGGAUUAGACAUGGAGCGCACCCUGAAGCAGGUUCGACUCCAAGGACUGACCGGAAAUGUCCAAUUUGACCAUUACGGGCGACGGAUCAACUACACGAUGGACGUGUUUGAGCUGAAAAGCAAUGGCCCAAGAAGGAUUGGGUACUGGAAUGAUGCCGACAAGCUGGUUCUGAUCCAGAAUGAAGCUCUACUUCCAAAUGAGACGUCUGGUCUGGAGAACAGAACCGUCAUCGUCACCACCAUCAUGGAGGGCCCAUAUGUGAUGCUGAAGAAGAACUGGGAGAUGUUUGAGGGCAAUGACCAGUAUGAAGGAUACUGUGUGGACCUCGCCUCUGAGAUCGCCAAGCACAUCGGUAUCAAGUACAAGAUCGCAAUUGUGCCGGAUGGGAAAUACGGUGCCCGGGACCCUGAGACAAAGAUCUGGAAUGGCAUGGUUGGGGAACUGGUGUAUGGGAAAGCAGAGAUUGCUGUGGCUCCCCUGACCAUCACGCUGGUGAGGGAGGAGGUCAUCGACUUCUCCAAACCCUUCAUGAGUCUGGGCAUCUCCAUCAUGAUCAAGAAGCCACAGAAGUCCAAGCCGGGCGUCUUCUCCUUCCUGGACCCGCUAGCCUACGAGAUCUGGAUGUGCAUCGUCUUCGCCUACAUCGGCGUCAGCGUGGUGCUGUUCCUGGUCAGCCGCUUCAGCCCCUAUGAAUGGCACACGGAGGAGCCUGAGGAUGGUGCAGAUGGACUGCCCAGUGACCAGCCGCCAAAUGAGUUUGGCAUCUUCAACAGCCUCUGGUUCUCCCUGGGGGCCUUCAUGCAGCAGGGCUGUGACAUUUCGCCCAGGUCCCUCUCUGGCCGCAUCGUGGGUGGGGUCUGGUGGUUCUUCACCCUCAUCAUCAUCUCUUCCUACACCGCAAACCUAGCUGCCUUCCUCACAGUCGAGAGGAUGGUGUCCCCCAUUGAAAGUGCGGAGGACCUGGCCAAGCAGACAGACAUUGCUUACGGGACGCUGGACUCAGGGUCCACAAAAGAAUUCUUCAGGAGAUCAAAGAUUGCUGUAUAUGAGAAAAUGUGGAGCUACAUGAAGUCGGCGGAGCCCACGGUGUUCACCAAGACGACGGCGGAGGGCGUAGCACGGGUGCGCAAGUCCAAAGGAAAGUACGCCUUCCUGCUGGAGUCCACCAUGAACGAGUACACAGAACAGCGCAAGCCGUGCGACACCAUGAAGGUCGGGGGCAACCUGGACUCCAAGGGCUACGGCGUGGCCACGCCCAAGGGCUCACAGUUAAGAAGUGCUGUUAACCUCGCAGUAUUAAAACUGAACGAACAAGGACUGUUGGACAAAUUGAAAAACAAAUGGUGGUACGACAAGGGCGAGUGUGGCAGCGGCGGAGGCGGUGAGAAGAACCCCCGUAAACCUUGCCGUUUUGAAACUGAGUGAAUCAGGCGUCUUAGGCAAGCUGAAAAACAAAUGGUGGUACGAUAAGGGGGAGUGUGGACCCAAGGACUCAGGAAGUAAGGUCAGUCCCCUACAAGCAUAACCUCUUUCCACUGAUGUCACAGAACACAAGAGGCCGGAGGGCAGCGUGAGAGAGCGUGAGACAGAGAUAAAGAGAGCAGGGAAGGCAGACAGACAGCGAGUGUGACGUGUGAUAGCACAGCCAGGGCAGGAGCAGGACACACAGGACUGCCACAUGGUGGCGCUCUGUCGCCUGGCACCCUGUAGCUUGAAAUCUGAGCACUCAUAACUUCCUGUAGUCCAGGUCACUGGGUUUCUCUGCACAGAUAUUAGGGCUCACUGGUUACCGUUAAGGAAGUCAUGACUAUACAAUGAGAUCGCAGUGUGGCUGAUGAGCUGGUCGCCAUCCCUAACUGUAAAUCGCAGACAGAGCGACCAUCUUUCGCAAAACACCACCAAAGGUGACAGUGACAGGAGGGUUAGGGGAGACAGGCUGGCUUUUUAGCACGUAACAGUACUGCUCGGAAAUACUGCUUGUAUGCCGUGUGUGUGCUGGGCGGAGCCUCCCUAACCCUAACCCCGCUGUCCUUCUCCACCCCCAGGACAAGAGCUCCCAGGCCCUGAGCCUGAGCAACGUGGCUGGGGUGUUCUACAUCCUGGUCGGGGGCCUGGGGCUGGCCAUGCUGGUAGCUCUCAUCGAGUUCUGCUACAAGUCCCGCAACGAGGCCAAGCGC